AUGAUCGAAGAGGCCUCCCAAGAGUCUUCCAGCUCGCCAAGUAACGGUAGCUCUCUGAACCAAGAGCAGAAAGGCCUUCUUGAUAUUCAACAGACAGAAAAUAACCACAUAACAGAGUAUGAGCAGAUGGUUUCCAACGUUGGACCACACGGAACCCAACACGUGGCUGCCACGAACGACACCGCGGACACGGUUCUGUACGGCAAUUGGGAACAGGACAACAACAUGCAGGAGCUCAAUUGCACUUCUACCCCAGAUACAGUGGUGCGUUUCGACUAUUAUGCAUUCUACGGCGAGGACGACACCACCGAGACAGACUCGUCCUCGCGCUCAGUUGACCAAGAGAUUUCAGCGGGCAUCUCCAAUGUCGAGACUCUCCCGACGACCAAGGACUGGUCCAUUUUUCAGAGCAAUCUUGUCGACUACGGCCCCGACGAGCCCAGUCCCAGGCUCCCCGGCUGCUCGGCUGGCCACCCAUACACGAAGAUGUGGAAGAUGUCGGACUCGGCGAUGAUCGCGUACGGCGCAAUGCGCGGCUCCAUGAUGCAGACAAACGACCCUCUACGCUCUUGGAUGGAAGUGAAGGCGUAUGAGGCCGCUACACGGGCAUUGAAUACUGAUGGUAUAGUGGCUGCUUCGAGUGAUCACUCUUCAGAGCAGAAGAAUCUCUCAUCGUUCUCAUCGCCAGAAGGUAAGGGGAAGUCCGUCGCCGUCGGCAGCCAUGGAACCAGCCAGCCUGAGUCAGCCAUCAGGGAGCCGUCUUCUUUCGCCAAUGAAGCCACUACGUCUCCCGCGCAUAGUACUGGUGGCAGACGGGAGGUGGGUGGGGACUACAUCGAAAUGCUCAAGGAAGCCAACAUGGUUGCGAAGGAGUAUGCUCCAGCUGAGAUGGAUAGGAAGUCAACCUACGACGUCCCCCGUCCCAGGUUCCUUCACAUCUCGCCCAAGUUCGAGGGCUUCAAGUUUGAGGAUUACCUACCACCCCACGUCGAUGUCCCAGAGCCCUCCUAUAAGCAGCUCUUUGACCCGAGCCGCGAUUUCGUGAAGGAAUACGACGUCUCGGAUGAUGAGGGCGAUCCAGUCUCUGGGCGAAUCUCCCCUUGCACAUUCCGCCUCCUAGCUGAGGGUUGCGCCAAGCGGGAUCCCAAGGCGAACAAGGUCUAUAUGGCUCACGAUACCCAACGCAUGCGCCCCCCGACCCCCUUGGACGACUGCCAGAGAUGUCUCACAAUUGACCGCCUUGCUAUAUCAUUUGAGCUUCAGCGAGAUGCCAACGAUGGCGGCUGGAUCACGCCCUGCUACUCUGUUGAGUCUGAACCCUCCAUCAUUUACCACCCCCCCGGCGUCACUCUGAAGCACAAGAUGCGUAACUGGUGGUUCGGUCUUUUUGACCGUAUGGACCCCCUGUCAGCACGUCGUUUCCGCAAGGUCCAAUUUCGCGAGGCCAACGACCCCGUCGCGCCCCUUGAGACGGCUACCGAGCACUCUGUCCCGUCCACCAACUCGAGCGAGCGCAACCAUGCAUACACCGACACGGAGGUCCUCGAGGCGCUACACGCCGCCGGCUCUCGUCGUGUUGCUGGUAUCGCCCCACAGAACGCGCCGCUCAUCAUCUCGCAGCGCUGGCAGACGGUGUCGCGCUGGAAAGGGCAGGAAACGGAGCUGACCCGCGAGAAUGACGGUAUGCGCUGCGCCAUCGAGCGAGCCAAGAUCGAGCUGCGCGAAAUCCGCCUGUCGGUCAACCACCUGCUACAGAAGAGGGCGGCCGAGGAGCUUGCGAUACGACAGCGGAAGCACAAGCGCGUCCUGCGCCAGGUGUCGGCGCACUUGCAUGAGCUGCGGUACGAGAUACAGAGCAAGCUCGACGCUCUCAAGUGCUCGCAGACGCUGAAUGAGAGCAUGAAGACGGAGCUGUCCAUGUUGCAGCUCCAGAUCAGGGAAGAAUGCUCAAGGGUGGACAUGGCCAGCCCCGACGAGGUACGGAAGGCCGUCUCGCAGCACUUCCGGGACAAAAUGGCUGCCGUGGAGCUGGCUGACUGCUUCUGA